AUGAGGAGCGCGGCUGCUGUCCUUGGUCUGGCUCUUGGCGUCUCGUCCCAGAGCACGGCGGGGCGAUCGAGUGAAGCUGCCGCGUGUGACGCACAGGGAGCUCAACCUGUCCAUGUGGUGGGCGUGGGUGGGACUUUCUGCGUCCAGGUGCGGCCGUGUGAAGGGGUCGUGUUCGGUGAGGGGUUCUCGUGUCCCUUGAUGGGUCAGCGAGACGUCUUGGGGGAGACGGAGCUCCCGACGGACAGUUGCUGUGCGGUGGUGGACAGCGACAGCGGGGCACUGGGCUGUGUCCUUGUGAGAGAAGGAGAAGCGGGUGACGCCGUGUGUCUCUGGUCGCGAGUAGAGGAAGGCGCUCGUGUUAGUCAAAGGAGGAGGAGAAGGUGGAGGUUUCCUGCAGACGCAACGAGGACGGAUGACGUGACAGGGACAAGAGGUGAAGCGUUUGAAGCUACGGAUGCUGCACCUCCUGCGGUUUCCUUGUCAAUGGCGACACUUCCAGAGGCUGCGGAAGACCGUGCAUUAGAACCGGAGACAGGGGACCAAGUAGCUUCAGCUGUGGGUUUGACGGUAGCACCAGUGGUAACCAGUACCAUUUCAACAGUCACGACAGCUACUGCUCCUGUGGUUACGACGACGCCGGCUACUGUGGCCGCGACAACUUACACUCCAGCGGGACCGAACAGUGGUGAGGUUACAGUGGCUACAGUAGGGACGACGGCUUCUCCAGGUACUAUACUAGCUGCCACGUCCGAUCCAGUGGCUUCAGCUCCAGUCGCUGCUUCAGCAAUUCCAAUGCUGACGAUUCCAGCGCCAUCAGUGGUGACUUCUACGACUCCGGCAAUCAAUCCGGCUGCUAUUGCAACUGUGCCCGAACCAAAGUCGUUCAGCGGAGUAUCACCUGUUCCAGUGACGUCGCUACCAGAACUGAGCUCCAUGUCAGACUCAAUUGAUGAGAUAGUUCAGCCAGAAUUGAGCUCGAUGUCAGACUCCGCCGAUGUGAUGAUUCUACCUGAUUUGAGCUCGAUGUCGGGAUCGACUGACGUGGUGAUUCUUCCAGAAUUGAGCUCGAUGUCGGGUUCGACCGAUGCAGAUUUGGUGCUGACACCUACUUCGAGUCCAAGCCCAGCGACACUGCCUCCAUUUACAGCAAUGCUUUCAUCACAGUCAGGGUCGGGCCUUGCUGGUGUACCAACGGUCAUAUCGACGGUAAAUGCAACGAGCAUGCAGCCGUCAACGACACCACCAUCCCCGACGCCAGUUCUAGAGCGAAAUAGCACAACGCCAACACCACCACCACCGACCCUUAUCGUAUCAGGAUCCUCUUCUGGCUCUGAUGACAGCGACGAUUCUGGAUCGUUUCCGGAAGGUUCGAUUGCUAGUACGCCUCGGCCGGGUUUUGCGAUAAUGUCUAUGGAGUUUUCAUCGAGUGGAAGUGGAGACUACCCGGAGAUAGAGUCGACGUCGGUGCCAGCUGAGACCACCGGGUCGGUCGACGGAUCGAGAGCUGCAGCUGUAAGCGCGAAUGUGAACGACAGCUCGGUUUCACCACCAUGGUUGGUUGAUGAAGGUUUGGAGUCGGACGCUAGCUCGGCAAGUAUUGACGUCAGUGAUUCCUGGUCGCCAACAAGCAAGUCGCGAGGGGCUGACAGUCUGGACAACGGGGACAGCAGCGCGGAGUCGCUCUCUGGAGAAGUUGGGAGGCCCGGCUCGUCUUCGUCGGGGUCCGGUUUCUUACCUCCGUUGUCAACGACUCCACCGUUAUUGUUUCCCUCGUCUGGUUCAUUGAAGACCGCACACCUCCCGCCAAGUGAAUCUGCUUCGCCGAACGGUGUUUUGGUAUUAGCACCGAUCAUGGACCAUGGCGGGGACAGUGUCAACCCGCCGAUUAGUGGUGGUAGCCAAUUUCCAGUCAAUGGUGAGGAAAUUCGGGGGAGUGAUGAAAGCAGCGCAGCGGACACACAGACGAUCAUGUUUAUUAUCAUAGGGUGCAUCGUCGCAGCAGCUUUGGUGUUCGGGGCUGUAUGGCUUCGUCCAAAGCGUGCAAGUUCCGUCGACAUUAGCAAUCUGCGCGAGCCUCCGGAACCGAUGGAUACAUCGUAUCUGUACGUCGAGUCGGAACCUGCUGGUCCGUAUGAUGCUUCAAGUACACCACGGGUGAUAAAUGGGUAUGAUCGAAUGGACGUGAGAGGCAGCAACGAGUACUUUAGCGCAUAG